ACCCGUAUUACAAUUUGGGAAAGCAAACAUGAAAACCAACAGCCAGUUGAACAAAAUGUGUCCGAAUCUAUUGAAUCAAUGAAUCCGCAGGUUUAAACGAACACAGCAGAACACUCAACAGUUAAGAGCAUGUAUGCAAUAGUAUAAGUGACAGAGAUGAAGAUAGUAACUUACAACGUUAAUGGGUUGAGACCUCGUAUUCAACAGUUCGGUUCUCUUCUCAAAUUGCUCACUUCUCUUGAUGCUGAUAUCAUCUGCCUUCAGGAGACAAAACUAGCAAAACAUGACUUGAGAGCAGAUAUGGUGUGGGCAGAUGGAUAUGAGUCUUUCUUUUCUUGCACCAGAGCCCGUAUCGGUUAUUCUGGUGUUGCGACAUUUUGCCGAGUAAAAUGUGCUUUUUCAAGCUGUGAAGUAGCUUUGCCGGUUGAUGCAGAGGAAGGAUUUACGGGUCUGCUUGAGAAUUCUCGAGGGUUUGGAGAUGGGAAAGAUGAGCGUGUUGUUGAAGGGCUAGAAGAGUUUUCUAAAGAUGAACUUCUUAAAGUUGAUAGUGAAGGUCGCUGCAUUAUCACUGAUCAUGGACAUUUUGUUUUAUUCAACAUAUAUGGGCCUCGGGCUGAUCCUGACGAUGCUGAAAGAAUCCAAUUUAAGCAUAAUUUUUUCAAGAUCUUGCAGAAAAGAUGGGAUGCAAUCCUCCGCCAAGGAAGAAGGCUGAUUGUCGUUGGUGAUAUCAACAUUGCUCCUGCUGCUAUAGAUCGUUGUGAUGCGAAACCAGAUUUUGAGAAAAAUGAGUUUAGAGAAUGGUUUAGAUCUUUGCUUGUAGAAAAUGGAGGCCCAUUUGCUGAUGUAUUUCGAGCAAAACAUCCCGAAAGGAAAGAAGCAUAUACUUGCUGGUCGACAAGUUCAGGUGCUGAGAUUUUUAAUUUUGGAUCAAGAAUUGACCAUAUUCUCAGUGCUGGGAAAUGUCUACAUGAGCACAGUACAGAUGGUCAUGACUUUUUAACUUGCCAUGUCAGGGAGUGUGAGAUAUUGACACAGUUUAAACGGUGGCAAUCUGGAAAUACAACAGGGUGGAAAGGAGGGGCAGGUAUAAAAUUGAAGGGGUCUGACCAUGCUCCUGUCUGUAUGAGCCUCGAUGAGAUCCCAAUUAUAUCACAACACAAUACCCCCUUGUUAUCUACAAGAUAUUGUCCUCAGGUUGAAGGGUGUCAACAAACUCUUGUAUCAAUGCUAGCAAGAAGACAAACAGCUGAGCAUUUGAAAAGCAAUGGACAGUCCAAUUCCUCCCUGGUCACAGAUACUAAAGUGAGCAUGAAAAGAUCAUCUGAUAAUGCUGCUGCACCAGACUUGUCUCUUGACGGAUUGGUCGAUUCUUCACAUAUGAAACAAAGAGAUAAUGCUUUAGAAUCAGUUGAGUGCUCCCAAAGUUCUCCUAAUGAAGCUUCUUGGAGCAAGAUGCUUUGUUUAAGCAGCAGUCCUGAUAAACCAAUUUCUCGUGUACAAAGCAAAAAGAAACCAAAACAAAGUCAGGGGUCCCAGCUCUCACUUCGAUCGUUUUUUCAGAAGAGUUCAGUUCCUAUUGAUGGCAUAAACAGCAGUGGUACAUCUGAUAAAACAGGAGAUGCUCCAGCUUCUGACCAAUUCUCUAAAGGAGAUUCCAUGAGGUAUGAUGAAAUGAACACAAAAACAGACUCGGUUUCAAAGAUAAAUAUGUCUCUUCAAGAUCAUGCUCCGGCAGAUUCAUUAUGUUCUACAGUAGAGGAAAAGAGAAAUGUUGCUGUAGCUGAAUGGCAAAGGAUUCAAGAAGUCAUGCAGAGCAGCAUACCUCUGUGUAAAGGCCACAGUGAACCUUGUGUCUCUCGAAUUGUCAGAAAAUCUGGUCCUAAUCUGGGUCGUAAAUUCUUCGUCUGUGCUCGUGCUGAGGGGCCUGCAUCGAAUCCUGAAGCAAAUUGUAAUUACUUCAAAUGGGCGGCUUCAAAAUCUAAUCACAAAGCAAGAGGACAAUGAUUGGCAGUACAAUGUUUUUUACUUAUGGGGUUCUACCAAGUCACGUAAUAACUCUACUGCUGACCAUUUGAUAAGAUCUUUGCUGAAAUUUCCUUCCCUCUUGAUAAGUAGUUUGACCGACCUCUUUCCGAUCUCUGUCUGUUCUACACUUUUUUGUAGGAUGCAAGAACUAGAUUUUCCUCCGGGGCUCAGUUUCAAAACGGAAAUGUGAACAAAAAUCAGUAUUUGUCAGCUUAAAUUAAGAGAUGUACUGAAGUUGUAUAUAAUCGGAAAUUAUUUCAUUUCAAAGAGUUGGUCUGAUUAGUGUUGUCAAUUUGUUACGAACACCAAAGCAAUCAAGGGUAUGUUAGGUAUGAAUUUUUAACAAGGUCGGAUAAUACAGAAGUAUAGACAAUAAGAGAUGAGUUGUGCAAAAGAUAAAUAUAAACGACAGGAGGACUAUUUUUCUCUUUCAAAUGAACAUAGUAGAUGUGUAGAUAGUACUAAUAACCUGUAUUGAAAUUGGAAAUCUUUUACCCGGGGAUAGUAUCCACAAAAUG